GCAGAAACAAGAAAAGUUUAGGGUUUCUUAAUUCCUACAUUGUAAUUAAUGGCUUCUUCUUCGUCAUCUUCAAAAAUCCACCUCUUCAAGAAAUCAGCAAUUAAAGCUGGAACCCCUGAAGAUUACUAUCUGGAUCCAUCUGAUAACUUGAUGAAGAUAACAUCUGCCUGGAGAGUCGUUGAACAUGAAGAUGUUCUUGAAUUUAGUGUCGAUUGUCUUAGCAUUGGGGAUCUAGUUCUCUUGGGGACACAGCCAGAAAAAAAUGAAAUUCAAAUUGUUGUUGCUUUAGAAAACAUGGAAAGGGCUGCUCGUUUUUAUCACAAGGAUGGAAUGAAAAACUUUAGCAUCAAGAUGAAUCUAAAAUUCCUCAACGUAUAUGGUAAGGUCGACGAUGGUACUAACAGCGUGCGUUCUGAGAGUACCACUAGGCUGUUCAUUAAAAAACUCAAGUUGAAGAAGGAAUCAUCAGCAGAAAGAAUGUCUGAUCUGGAUUAG